CAAUUAUAUAUUAUGGCAAAAACUUAUAACCUCUAUUUUGGCAAAGAUGCGAAGCCCGUUGAGUAUUACCAGCCCACGACACCAAAAAAAGAAUUACAGGACUUAAUUGACAACCCCGACGCAUGGGAACAAUAUUUAAAAGACCAGGCGGACGCGUUAAAGUUGGUAGAGAAUGAGCGGGAUGCGUUAGAAGCCGAGCGGAAUAAUUUGGAGACCGAACGGGACCAAUUAAAGCAAGAUAAAGAGGAUUUGGAGGAUUUUUUAAAAAAUGGAUUAGGAUAUAAUAACAUAGCCGAAGCCAUGACCGCAUUAGCAGGGCAAAAAUUACCCGAUAUCUUAACCAGUGCCGACACCACUAUAAAGACUUUAAAGACUAAUGAAGCGAAAUUAAAAGGAGAUAUUGCGUUUUUACAGAACCAAAACGCGAAUAUGGUUGACCGAGAGGACUUAAAAGAUGCCGUGGAGGCCAAAAAAAAAGCCAUUAACGAUUUAGGCAAUUUACAAAAUAUUUAUACCCCGUUGAAAGACAAAACCGACGGACUAAAUGCCAAGGAAAAACAAAAAAUAACCGAUGCCAAAGGAGCAUUUGAGCGAGUUGUUGACAGAAUUAAUAAAACAAAAACAGUUAUUAUUGGCGACUUAACCAAGAAAAAUAUUAGACUAGAUUUAAACCGCAUUAAAGGGAUAUUAGGAUACGAUGACGUUAACGCCGAUAUUGACAGUGGAGAGGA